AUGAAUGUUUUGGAUGAGAGUGUCAUAGAAGACAAUGGCGUCGCGUAUAUCAAUGACUCGAUUGGUUUGCAUAGACUGGAGCACCGGUCGGCCACCUCUCAGGCCGUAUCUCUACACCUAUAUAUACCGCCGUAUAAUAAGUGCCAGAUAUUUGACGAGAGCACCGGGAGUAGCAAUGAAGUGAAAUCCACUUUUUAUAGUAAAUACGGUAUGCGUACACCGUUUACUGUGUCCAGUAACUAA